UUAUCAGUUUGUUUCAUGUUGGCAAUGUGAAAGUGUCGUUAUUUUCAACAAGUUUUGAUGCAUGUAGUAUGCCGCCACCGGGUGACCACGCGUGCGAACUAAAAAAACGUCGAUCUCACAGGCUCAUUUCUUGGGUUGAAAUUCCUUUAGGCUAUUUUUCUGACCAUAUGGCCGGAACAGACCCAAAAUGGCAGAAGGACGCUGCCGAUCAGAAUUUCGACUACAUGUUCAAAUUACUAAUAAUAGGAAACAGUUCGGUGGGGAAAACUUCGUUUUUAUUUCGAUACGCUGAUGACAGUUUCACUUCAGCCUUCGUUAGCACAGUGGGGAUAGACUUCAAAGUGAAAACAGUUUUCAGGCAUGACAAACGAGUCAAGCUGCAAAUAUGGGACACAGCAGGCCAGGAGAGAUACAGAACGAUUACAACCGCAUAUUAUCGAGGAGCAAUGGGAUUCAUAUUAAUGUAUGAUAUAACGAAUGAAGAAUCUUUCAAUAGUGUUCAGGACUGGGUUACUCAGAUCAAAACAUAUUCAUGGGACAACGCUCAGGUUAUUUUGGUAGGCAACAAAUGUGACAUGGAGGAUGAGAGAGUGAUCAGCUACGAGAGGGGUAGACAGUUGGCUGAGGUUCUCGGCGUAGAGUUUUUUGAAACUAGUGCGAAAGAAAAUAUAAAUGUAAAGGCUGUAUUCGAACGUUUAGUCGAUAUCAUUUGCGACAAGAUGUCGGACAGUUUAGACACUGACCCUACCCUGAUGAGUGGAGGAGCCAAGGGUCAACGUUUGACGGAUACCCCACAAGGGCCUCAGGCUGCCAAUUGUAACUGUUAAUACUUUUCAAUUCUCGUGUCCUCCUCUGAGGUUGGACAACCAUUUCACUGUUGAAACUUUGACCAGGAUGUAGGAAUAUCUCAAAUUUCAUUUUUACUCUCAUCGAGACUGACAAUACGCAUGCGCAUUUUUCUGAUUUUAUUUCAUUACGCAUGCGUCUGUAUGAGUAUCUAUAUUCAUACGUACGUAGCAGGUAGGCCUCUCUGAAGAAGAUAUUGGUAUAACUGCUUCUAGAAAAAUACAUAAUUGUCCACAAUUCUUCUAAAUGUGAGAAUAUGUCAUGCUUCACAAUUUUCCUUCUUUCAAGAGG